CAUGUGGAGCUCAUUCAGACUGCACUCACACUCACUCUGCAAGAGACAGACAGCUAGAUUUAAAGCCCUCUUGGUAAAUAUGAGUUCCCUGAGCCAGGGCUGUGCAGACUGGAGAUCUCGCCUGUUUGCAGUGGAUGCCAACACAAGCCUGGGCAUUCCAGACCCUUUCUAUUUCACAUGUGCUAAUAGCAGCCAUCACCUCCCCAGCCUCAAUGCCCAGGAAUGGCCAGUGCUUGCCCAGGUGGGUAGUGCCCAUUCAGUGUGCAUAACGACCCCCCAGAGAAUCUCUGCAGCCAGGUUACAGAAAGCACUAGGUCAGAAAUUAACCCAAGAAGUGCAGGGGGUCUGCAAAGUGCUCAGACUGCUCUCAUACCAACCACAGGACCCCUAUGGCUCCCUGCAGGGGGGGUUCCUGGUGCUGAAUGCAGUGAGCUGCCCCUCCAUACAAGCCAAGCUGCAGGACCUGCUGGGGCAGUAUAAACAGCAUAUCCGCUUCUGCAGCUACCAGGCUGGCACAGAGGGGGGCAUCUGGCAGUGUCUCUGGGAUCUCAAUGGAGAAGGAAAGGAAAUAGAGCGAUGCCGAGUACUGAAGGUAGAAGUUCCAGACCCAAGCCCCCUGGUGGUAAACAUCAAGAAAUCCGCUCUGUUCUACAAGUUGGAAGAUGCUUGUUCUGUUCUUCAAGAGUGUUCCACAAUUAUUCCUGAAGCCGGUGAGGUUCUAAAAUUAGUGGGAGAUGCAAGAAAAACUGUCAACCGUAAAAAAAAAUUCCCUGUUAUUGUUAUUGAAGGACUUGAUGCCACAGGGAAAAGUACACUGACUGAAUCCCUGAAGUAUUCUCUAAGAGCUGAAUUACUUAAAUCCCCACCAGAAUGCAUAAGCCCAUGGAGAAAAACAUUUGAUACUGAACCAACACUUCUAAGAAGAGCAUACUAUGCCGCGGGUAAUUAUAUUGGAGCAGCUCAAAUAGCAGAAGCCGCCCAGAUGUCUACUGUUAUUGUGGACAGGUAUUGGCAUAGCACAGCUGCAUACUCCAUUGGCACAGAGAUAGGAGGCGGUGUGCCAAAUCUACCAGAAUAUCACCAUGAGAUUUACCAAUGGCCGAGUGAUCUCCUUAAACCCGACCUAGUCAUUUUACUCACUGUUAGUGAUGAAGAGAGAUUACUAAGAAUACGCAAGAGAGGGCUGGCAGAGACAGUGGAAGAAAAGGAGUUGGAGUCUAACAGAAUGUUUCGACAAAAGAUUGAAGAGGCAUACAUGAGAAUGGAGAAUCCUGGCUGUUUAGUAGUUGAUGCCAGUGCUUCGAAGGAAACUGUUUUACAGCAUGUGUUGUCUAUUAUAUAUAGACAUUGUGCACUUGCAUUGUGAAGGACAUUAUACAAGUAAAACUACAAUAUACAAUAACAUUACACCAAUAAAUUGAGCAAAAUCAAUCAAAUGCUCUUAGUGUUUUGGAAGUGCAAUCAUUCAGAACUGACAUGUAUAUUGCAAGUAUUUUAUAUGUCUUAGAGUAUGGAGCUAUAACAUUCCACAAUAAUGAUAAAUGCCAUAAUGGAAACAUAGAAACAUAGACUGUGAGGGCAGAUAAGAACCAUUCGGCCCAUCUAGUCUGCCCAAUUUUCUAAAUACUUUCAU